AUGAAGGUCCUCUUCCCUCUUCUGACGGCCAGCCUGGCCAGCGCUCACACCAUCUUCUCUUCUCUUGAGGUCGGUGGUGUGAACCAGGGCGUCGGCAACGGUGUUCGUGUUCCUUCCUACAAUGGCCCCGUUGAGGACGUUACAUCCAACUCAUUGGCCUGCAACGGUCCCCCUAACCCCACAACUCCAACCUCUAAGGUUAUUACCGUUCAGGCCGGUCAGAACGUCACGGCCAUCUGGCGCUACAUGCUCAACUCUGCUGGCUCCGCACCAGCGGAUGUCAUGGAUAGCAGCCACAAGGGCCCUACUAUCGCGUACCUGAAGAAAGUUAGCGAUGCCACCACCGACACCGGUGUCGGCAACGGAUGGUUCAAAAUCCAGCAGGAUGGUUAUAGCGGUGGCGUCUGGGGUACCGAGAAGGUCAUUAAUGGCCAAGGCCGCCACAGCAUCAAGAUUCCCGAAUGCAUUGCUCCCGGCCAGUACCUUCUUCGUGCGGAGAUGAUCGCUCUUCACGGCGCUGGAAGCUACCCUGGUGCUCAAUUUUACAUGGAGUGCGCUCAGAUCAACGUCGUUGGAGGCACUGGAUCCAAGACUCCUUCGACAGUCAGCUUCCCUGGUGCCUACAAAGGAUCUGACCCUGGUGUCACCAUCAGCAUUUACUGGCCUCCUAUCACCAGCUACACGAUUCCCGGGCCCGCUGUGUUCACCUGCUAG